AUGCUCAACAACUUCCGCUUCUUCGCUGCCCUCUGCCUCUUCCUCGGACUGCAGGCUCUGGCUCUCCGUAUCACCAGCCCCGCGCGCGACGCUCAGUGGAAGACGGGAAACCGCGAGACUGUCUCUUGGGAAGACGGACCCGGCGGCAAGCUCACCUUCCAGCUACAGGUGGUCAACAAGGCGCAGUUCAUCUACUAUGACAUCUUCUCUGGCGACUUUGGCGCGGGCAACGGCCAGUUCGCAUACAAGCCUACGACCAAGGACGCGCAGACUGCCGAGUGGGCCGGCACUUAUCUUCGAGUCAUCGAUGGAAGUGGUAAGGAGCUUGCCGUGUCUGAGCGAUUCGACAUCAAGCUGUAA